AAGGAAACAUUAUGAUCUGUCCUAUAUACCUCCAUUAUCAAAAAGCAAACUCGGUACACCUCUAUAUAUAGCUCCUCAUAUGGAUGCUCUCAGUGCACUCACUGGCUAUAGUAGCCUUCUUUCUCUCUCUCUCUGUGUGUGUGUGAGAUGAAGACUCCAGUCCGCCUAUUCUCGGCUGUUCUCUUCCUCCUCUUGCUGCUUGUGGCCACUGAGAUGGGGCCAAUGGUUGCUGAGGCCAGGAUAUGCGAGUCUCAGAGCCAUCGGUUCAAGGGUGUAUGCGUGAGGAAGAGCAACUGUGCUGCUAUUUGUCAAACAGAAGGCUUCCAUGGAGGACACUGCCGAGGGCUGCGCCGUCGAUGCUUCUGCACUAAGCAUUGUUAGUUGACGCAUCACCACAGUUUGUCUAUGUGAAGAGACAAUCGUGGGUUGUCCUCUUCAUGUAGGAUUUUAUGUGCUUGAGAAUAAGAUUAUGGUGGUUCUGUUGUCUUAUGUGAUCUUUAUUUUGUGUAAAUUUGAUGUCUACUUUACUUCCUUAAUAAGAUUAUUAUUAUUACUAUUCA